AUGCUCGUACAUUUAUCAAAAACAAGUCCUUAUGUUUGCGAUUUAAAUCAAGGUUCAAUUGAGCCAGCCAACCGCAUGGCAUCUGCACCAGCAAAGAAAGCAACUGCUUUACUUGAACAAAAAGAAAGCUUUCAAAAGCAAACCCGUACACCGCUUAAACUUCUCGCUACAGAUGAAAUUCCGAUGGAUACAACAGCGACCACAACUGAUAUCAAUGCCAGUCUUCAACCAGUUUGGUAUACAGAACAAACAAUCGUCGAUGAGCAACAUGGUCAACACGAAGAUAUUGCUUCAAUUAUUCAAGAGCAACAAGGCAAAUCACUUCUUUCACGAUCAACACUACCGCCGAUUCAAAGUGAAAGUCCAGUUGAAAAUGAAGAAAUCGAAGAACUUCCGAAUCAACCAUCUUUGAUGCACAAGUCGUCAACAUUCACGAUUGAACCAUCCAUCAAUGUUGAUUCACCAUUGAAUGACUCCGAAAAAGAAAAUGCUGUGACGGAAGAUACCACAAAUGCAGUCAUACCACCGUCGGAUGAUUCGUUUCGUGCACUCGAACAACUCUUAGGUCUCGGUUCGACAACUACCGUUCGUGAAUCACCCAAAACAAAUCAUGAUACACUUUCGUUAACGGUUGUCACCCCGACAGACAUAAUCAACUCAACGCGAAGAUCUUCUCGUUUGAGUAUUGCGCAGAAAGGCGGUGCUGGUAGUCAACCAUCAUCUCAAGAUAUUCCAACAAUGCCAACCAUUGAAAGUAUAACAUCAACAAAUCCGCCAUCAUUUCUCAUGGACAAUACAACAAUGGAAGAAGAACAACCCUCAAUUGCAAUGACUACAAGUCAACAAACAACAUUCGAUCUUACUGAUAACGAUACGAUGAAGGAUGAUAGCAACAAUGAUGAUGAGACAAACUUUUCAUUUGAAUUGAAUGAUUUUCCAAAUAAUUCAAACGAUGAACCCAAGGUAGAGGCUCCAACACAGCCAAUGAUGACAAUACGGGCACCAACCUGUGCUGACGUUGCCUAUCGCGCUUUGAUCAAACCGCGAACUGGUGGCGGUCGAGUUUCUCAACCAGUUAAAGCUGAUUCACCAUUAGCGAAGCCAACUAAAGCUCGUUCAUCAGCUCCAUUGACACGUGGACUUCGUUCAAGCGCACAACCAUUGCCAUCAUCAUCAGCUGCAACGGAAUCAGUUGCUGAAGAACAACCAGCACCCACUGACACGAAACUCAUCGAAGUUGUUACUCUACCUGAAGAAGAUCAAAGCGAACUAGACAAAACUAGUUCAAUUACACUCAAUACAACUUCGCCCAAAGAAACAGAAUGCACGAUUGAAAAUACAGCCACCGAAUCUGGAGAACUUGUUACGCCACCGAAACCAAUGUCAGCAAUCUUAUCACGUGAAUAUACAUAUGAUACACCAAAACGUCGUUCAACGAAACGUGGCCGCUCGACAUUGAACUCUUCCUACGCAACACCAACUGUACCACAUCAACCAGAGCCGAUCAACGAAGAAGAAGUUCACUCACCAGCAAUUCCGUCUAAAUCUAUGCUCAACAUUUUAAUGACCAAACCAACCGAAGCUGUUCGCAAAUCAGCGCGAAAGGCAUCAUUUGCACCAUCGCCAGCUGAAAGUUCGACACCAAUUACUACCAGCGAGCAAUUGGUCAGCUCACCAGCCAUCGCUUCGAAGUCAAUGUUAGAAGUUCUUCUAACUAAACCAACGGAUACCGCACCAAAAGCUAUUGAAAAAACUUCCAUUGUACCAUCACCAAUUCGAAGCUCAAAACGGAAAACUAUGACUCAACAAGUCGAAGAUUCACCAUCCAUCCCGUCGAAAUCAAUGUUAGAAGUUUUACUCACCAAACCAACUAAAAUUGCAACACCAACUCGAGUUUCGAAGCGAAACACAGCUGUGAAACAAACAACAGAUUCACCAGCGAUUGCUUUUAACUCUAUGUUACAAGUUCUCUUAACUAAACCAAGCGAACCAAAACGAAGAGGCUCACGUCGUAGUGCUAGCGUGUCAACACCGGUUCGACCGUCAAAACGAAAUACAGCUGUGAAACAAACAGUAAAUUCACCAGCAAUUGCCUCGAACUCAAUGUUGCAAGUUCUCUUGACGAAGCCAACCGAACCGAAACCAAGAGGCUCACGUCGAAGUGCUAGUGUAUCAACGCCUAUUCGGCCUUCGAAACGUAACACCACUGUAAAUCAAACAAGUGAAUCACCAGCGAUCGAAUCCAACUCAAUGUUAGGAGUUCUUCUGACUAACCCAACAGAAAACAAUGCUAGUGUUGCACCAUCACCUGUUCCAAGUGCAGCACAGAAUGGCCGUCGUUCAUCAUCGAAUGCAACGCCACGAGCAAGCAUUAACCCACUUCAUUCAUCCACACCAGCAGCAACACCAAGACAUAAAUCGUUGCAAUUAGUUUGCAUUGGAGAACAAGAACAGGUCACCACAACUGUUCCUCACCAAGUCAAUAUCGAAAUUCAACGAGAUGACGCUGAUGUUGAAAUGGUUUCAGUCAACGAGACGACUGUCAGCAUCGAACAACCAUCAACAUUAGAACGAGGUGUACAAACAACUCCGAGCCUUGAUAAGUUUGGUCGUCAUUAUUUGCAUGUGUCAGAACAACAAACAACACCCAACAUUCAAAUCAAUAAAUCCUCAUCAUCAAUGGUUGUUGUCAAUGAAGAAGAGGAACAAAUCACACCAAUUCAAACAAAAGUUGUCGUUAACUUGCAACGCAGUGUUCGUUUUCAAUUGACACCAGGAACUGAUGCACGUUUAGUUGCCAAAGAACAACUCGAGGAAGCUUUGUGUGGAUUGAAACCAGAUAUUGUUAUUCCUCCAACACCAAUCAUACUCGAACCGCAAUCAACAAAAGUUAAAGCUGCGACAAUUAAGAAAGCAGCUAAACCAAAAAAGAAAGUCAUUGCAUCGAAAAAGAAGAAAGUUUCACCAAAGAAGAAAGUCGAACCAAAACCAAAACCAAUGAAAAAGAAACCCACUAUCCGAAAAGAAAAAGUUGCAACUCCAGCAGUUAAAGAGCCGAAGAAAACAACUAAACAAGUUCAACCAAACCAAACCACUCCAAAGAAGACCACCAAACCAGUUGCUAGGAAAACAUCAACCAAACAAACAACUGUUAAAGCCACUACAAACGCUAUCGCUAAACGUGCUGCUCCAAAAGCUACUGCUAAACGAAUUGCCAAACGCACCACACAAAAACGAACCAUUCCCAAAGCAGCACUUGAAUCUGUACUGGAACACACUAAACCAAAACAACCAACUACUGAAGUUAAAGUCGUACCAGUUGUCAAGUCAUCCUCACGAAAGCAAACAACUUCGAAAGCUAAACCAAAACCGGUUGCUAAACCAACUGCACCAAAGGAAACAAGUGCAGAAGUUAAAACUGAGUCAGUUGCCGCCAAACGACGAGUUCCAUCGAAACGAACAACAAAGGAAGUUCCAAGUGAACCGGUUGCUAAACGAGCUUCCGUUAAACGAACAAUUCCAGAAACUAAAACUGAAUCGAAAGCAAAGCGAAUUAGAACUUCGAAACCAGUUGAAGAGAAAAAACCGUCAACUGAAGCAGUUGUACCGUCAACAAACCUUCGAAAAACACGACGUGGAGCAUCAAGUACUGCCAAGACUGUUCCACAACCCGUACCAAAAAUGACAAACAAACGCCGACUACCAAGUAUCGAAAAAAACGAAGAGUCGAGAAAGAAAAUGGAAAAAAAGGAGACCGAAUCAGCUCAACCAACUGAAAAACCAAUUCCGCAAGAAAAUGACCAACAAAAGAUCGAAGGAUUAACUGUUGCUCAACUCAAAUCUCGAUUGAAUAAACAUAAGGAAAAUAUACCAAAAGGUGCAAAGAAAGCUGAUCUUAUUGCUUUACUCAUGAAACUCGAAACAAAUUCACGUAUAAAACCAAUCGAAGUAGAACCAACAACCAUUGCUCCAACAACUAAGACCACCCGCCGCCGCAAGAACUAA